ACCAGAGAAGGAGAAACCCACGUGUGUUAAUGUGUUUCGGUAUCUGGUUAAAACAUGGCAAAUAAACGUCAAAAUACACAUUUAACAUCCUUAAUCCCGGAGAAGAAAGCUAAAGAAGCUGAAAACGAGUUUAAUGGGACGGUUUUUAAAUCUAUGCUAAAGGACCCCAGUAAAGCAUUUAAAGCCUUGGAAACAUUCAUACGCACUGCAAAAAAACUUCCAUGUGACAACCUGUAUGAUGUAGUAGAAGGUUACUUAAAAAUCUCAGCAGAAUGUGCAGAAAUAUUGGCUUUACUAGAGGGGGAAACCCAUUCUGAGACUGAGCUGAUGCUGAUAUUUCAAAGCUUAGAGUUGAUUUUGCUGCGGACAGCAGGUGACCUUACUCAUUUCAGCCUUACGGGCUCCAGCGUCGUGAAGAAGGCUGUCUCGUCACACAUGAAGUUACUGCAGUCCUCUUUGUGUUCAAAGAAUCGCCAGUUUGUCCGACACUGCCUUUGUUUGCUGACCGCAAUGGUAUCUCAGGGUACUGAAGCAGCUUCUGAAAUCUUCAGCAGUUUAGUCUUUAACAAAACCCUCAGCAGUCUUGCUCGCAUGAGAGACAAAUCUGGCCGACCAGAUGUCCGCAUGUCCUACGUUCAGUUUGCCCUCUCUUUUCUGAUGUAUGGAGACACUUCAACUAUAGUAAAUGUACUGGACACCAAAGAUUUUCUUUCAGAAAUCUUAAACACAGGGCUAAGAGAAGACAGAAUUUCAACAAUCAGUCUGAUACUAUCUACAUUUCAGACUAAGAUUGUACAAAAUAAUGCUGUGAACAAAACUCAGAAGUUGCGUUUUUUCACUGCUUCCACUUUGACUCGGAUUGCCUCUCUAUACAGAUGGGAUGGGACUUUGGAUAAAUCCACUUAUCAUAGUGUGGAAGAAGGAAGACUUGUUGUGCGAGAGUCUGUUCAUAGUUUUCUUGUUGAUCUCUGCUGCUCUCGCAAACAUGGUAUCAGCUUUCACGACCCAAGCCUGGGGACAGCCAGAAGAGCUGGGAAUAUUGUCUUACUGCAGUUUGUGGUGAGCCUUAAGAAUGCCAUUGAGGAUGAAAAGGUGGCUGAGCUGCUUGUCAGCAUUUUGAAGUGCCAUCCUGAUAUUCUGCACCGUUACUUUAGUGAAACACAACUCUGCUUCACUCCACGAAUGAAAGGAGCCUGGUUGGACAGCAUUGCACUGCUCAAGAAAAUUUAUCGGGCCCAGCCUGAGGUGUCCCAGGCUUUCCAGUUACAAGAGGUGGCUCCUGUCUCUCGUUUACUCAGCAUGGUUCUAGUUACCACCCUCCCUCCAGUCUGCAACAAGGCCUUUUUCACCCAGGGCCUCAAUUUGCCUUGUGUGACGGGACAGCAUGCUACACUCACUGUGGUCGCUUUUAUCCUAAGAAGAGCUCAGAAGAACAUCGAGCACAUUCUGAAGAAACCGAUGUUGGAUAGUUUUGAUACACACAGUAUCCAUUACAAGGAAGAGUUUGUCCAGGUUUACAUGGAAGCACUGAGCAAGGUUUUACCAGACAUCAUGUCCAUUGUAUCAAGGUGGCAGUCACUGUCAAAAAAUGAGAAAAAAGAGGACGAGGUACAGAUGAGUUUGGACAAACCAAAAGCAGAGGAUGUUAAAACUCAGGAACAUGGUGAUCAAGCUCAAAAACUGAUCUUAUUUAAGGCUCUGCUACUGCAGGUGAUCUGCUUAUAUCAGAAAGUUGUUCCACACCUUGUUAUCGAAUGCAAGUUUGACUUCAGCAAACUGUUAAAAGGCAUUGUAUCAGAGAAAGGAAUGAAAGAGGAUGUACCUCCCAUCCUGCAGUACCAGUUACUACAGCUGGCACUGGAGCUGCCUACUAGCAAGUUUUCUUGGUUCCGCUUUCAGGAUGUAGUGUCUCCAGAGUGGGAGGGACGGGAACAGUCUAUAUUGUGUGUGUUGCUAAAGAUGUUUGUCAACGGUAGCAGCACUCAUCUGAGGACCACAACUAAGAUGCUUAUCCUUAAGGUCCUGAGAGAAAGUGGUGCAUUUGAGCACAGCUGGAAAGAGUUGGAACUUUGGCUGGAUCAACUGCUCCAUGUGGAGCCUUCUCAUCAAGAGACAGUCAUCCAGUUUUUAGAUUUGGUUCUGAUGAGGGUGGUGUGUAACCCUUACAUUUACAUGGAUAAAGUUGCAGUUAUGGUGCAGGAGGCUGUGUGUCUUCAGGCUAAAAUUCGAGGACAGGAUACAAACGCUAGCGGUGUUCCCAUAUCGCAUAUUAAUGAUGUGCCUUGUGUAAUGGAUGUCAUGAUCGAGGCCAGUGAAAAGGAUGCUGACAACAUCGGGCUGUCACUAACUGAUGACAUCAUCCUCCAGAUAUUCCCUUUCAGUGCUGCUGUGCCUGCUGUGCUGGAGGCCCGGAACAAGCAACAGGCUGCCUUUAUAGAUCAGAAAAGUGUACUGUGUGAGUACAUAUGUGCAGUACUGUGUGAUAUCCUUCACACACAGAUGGAUCCAUUAGCUCUGUGUUUGACUCUGCACAACUACGAUACAGAGCUUUUCUCUGAGAACAUUUCUCCACCUCAUUCUUCUAUAUCUGUCUUCCGCAUUUAUUACUUUAAAUGGCUGUCCCAUCUGCAUCACGAAACACAGUUCAGCCUGAUGCAGUCCACUACUUCUCUACCUGUUUUGGAUUUUUCUGCCUACUUGAAGGCAUGCUAUUGUGAAGGACCCAGCGCUUUCCUCCAGGACUCCUUCUGGAAAGGCCUAGAGCCAACUUUGUCCGCCUUAAAGUUAUCUGAGUUUAUUGGGGCUGGCAGGCAAACCCUCCUCUAUCUCAAGUCUUUUGUGCAGACAUUUUGCUUGUGCCCUAUAGCCCAGGCAGUCGAGGUGGUGGGCUGUAUGCUGAAGGUGCUACAUGCUCUGUUUCUUCAACUAUACAGCAUAUCAGAAACCCCAACCACCCAGUCAGCCCAGUCACCACUGCAGGAGGAGGAAGAUUUUUUUCUGGAUGAGAACUUUACAGUGAAUCAAGAAGUCAACAAGGAGCAGGUUUCACUUGAUGUGUUUAGGUUGGUGUUCAAGCACCCAGUUUUGCAGCAGUGGUUCUUGGCACUGGAGCUGGGAGUGAUGCCAUCACACACUCUGGACCCAGAAAGAGAAAUGCAGCUCUGUGGUCAACUGACACAGGGUGUGCUCAACCUGCUGACAUCCUGUGUUGAGACCCUUAAAGCCCUCCAUGCCCUGGAGAUCAUUAGCCCUUACUUUUCAGCCAUACAGCGAGCCUUACUCUGUGAGCUACAACAGAGCAACAGGUAUCUGGUAGAAGAAUCUCGGACUGUUGAAGCCUUCCUGGCAUUGUAUGAGUACAUGGACUCGUCCACUAUGAAUGAGGUGCUAUCAGCCUUCCUGCUGCUACCCCAGAGUAGACUGAUAUCUGGUGGUGACAAGAUGAGUUUGUAUGGCCAUGCUGUCCUGACGAUCCUCACCAAGAAUAUAUCUCCUGCAUGCUCUGUAAACACCACCCGCUGUCUAUCUCAGGUGCACGUACGCAGUCUGGCUGCCCUCCACAGCUCCUGCUACAGCAUUCAGCUGGAAAAUAUUUUUUUACAGGUGCUGCAAAGAGAGCCUGGAUGUGCUAAACUGAUGCCCACGGAUAUUCUUCACCGGUGCCUCGAGUGCCGUUCUUCUCUAGAACUCGCAGCCCUGCUGGUGCAGAACUGCUCCACUCACUGUCUAACCUUUGAACUCUGGUGCCUAGACCAAACUGACCUUGCACACAUAAUAGCACAGAACAGUAGCUUCCUUUCUCUACUGAGUAGCUACCUUCAGCAUGUAACCACUGAAGACCCCUGCAGACCUAACAACAUUCAAAAGGCAGUUCUGCAGAUGCUGACCAAAGCUUUGCUGGCUGAGUUGUCAAGCUCAGUGCUACAGGUUGAUGCUGAUGUGCCUUUGGAUCUGUGUGUGGAGCUGCUCUCCUCUCUCAUCCCAGUGGGAGCUAUGGCUUCCGAUCUCGAUAAACUAAUACGUGAUUUGCCUGUCCUCCUUGAGAACCCGGAAACCAGCGAUCGAAGGUGGCAGUUGGCAGACAUAAUCGCUGAGAAGUUGGCCUGUACACCAAAGCAUUUGAAAUGGAGGAACUCUUUGCUCACUUCUGCCCUCCGCUGGUUGUCAGCAACUUAUAAACAGAAUAAGUUGUCACUUGUUAAAACCGAGGAGACCAUGUUGCAAAGAUUGAAGACACUGCAGAUCUCUCCAGAGAAGGUUUCAGAUUUGGACUGGAACGACUUUGUUAAGUCAGGUUUAAAACAUCGAUACAAAGACAACAUGUUUCUGUGCACCCUGAACUCUUUGUUGGAGUCGAUGUAUGGAACUGUGCCAACUCCUAAAGGGUUGUUGCCCAUAGAAACCCUACACCUGAUGGUCACUAGUCACUCUCUCUUUUUGCCCACAAUGAUUGUCACUGAGGAUGAGACACACAGUAGUCUUGACUCCAAAGAGGCACUGGUCACGCUCCUGCUCACCUUGGUGAAAAAAUGUCCUGAGGUCUGCAAAAGCAAUCAUUUUCAUGUCCUGCUUGGUUCCUAUGGUGCUACAUUGAGCUCCACAGAUCAGAAAAUGUUGCUGCUGCUUAAAGAAUAUGAAAAGAACAACAUGAGUUUGAUGGAGUUUCAGUACUUGCUAUGGGGUCAUGCAGCGGUGGAGUACCACAAAGCAAAAAAAAGCCUGGGUCCAUCGCUAUGGCAACAGCUCAGCUCUGAGCCGAUUUUAGACCAACUGGUUGAAGACAGGAUGUUAAAUACUGUUGCACACUUUCCAAUAAACCGGUGCCUUACACCACAGGAGAAUGAAGAGUUGAGUUCCCCCGAAAAGAAAGAAGGCUUUCGAGAGGAGAUGUGCCUUUAUGAUCCUUCUUUCCUUAUACCUUUGUUCAGCUACAUUGUCCGCCCAGAGGCUGUAGUGGAUUGUCGGAAGUUUGUAUGCAGUCAUUCUCUGGGCCUUACUGUAGUGGCCCUAAGCAGCUAUGAUCACAAAAUGAGGGCUGCAGCCUACCAUGUCCUUGGUUCUUUUUACCAGCAUUUGGAAUCUGUUCAUUUCAAAGAGAAAACACAGCUGUUAUAUUUGUUGGAUACACUCAGGAAUGCAAUUCAAAAGCAGAAUCUCCGAGUCUCUUUCGUGCACGCUACCUACAUUGCAAAGGUGGCUCAGCAGAUUCUGAAACCUGAGGAGCACAUGUACCUGGUGAUCAGUAAGUUUCUUUUGGGAACCCAGUAUGUCGAUCUCAAAAGGAUUCCAGAUUUCUUCAGACUUUUUUAUAGCUUUGAGCUAGAGCAUAAACUGGAGAGGGGAUGGCUGUUAAAAGUGUUGGAAGAAGGUAUGAGAGACAGGCUUUGCUAUGAGCUAUGUGAACAACAGAGCAUCUUCCAGGCACUCCUUGGUUUUUGUAGCAGCCCACUCUGUGACCAUCCUGUUCAGAUUCAGAUUGUGAAUGUACUCUUGGAGACUGCUCAUCUCCCCAAAGCAUCCUCUGACUUUAGCAAGGUUCAUGGAAUACUAACAUGGAUAUUACAGUUCACAGAAAGAAGGAAUGUUGACAAAAGGAUGCUGACCGUUGUAAUAAGACUGCUCCAUACUCUUUGGUUCUCUAACCUUGGCAAGAACAACAGUAAGAUGCAGUGGAGCAGUAAAGCAGACAUGCAGCUAAAUAAUUUAGGCGAAUGUCUCCCCGUUUCACUUCUCAGUGACUUCCUGUGUGCUCUGCUCUCAGUCAUUAGAUACCUCAGAGCUGGAGUGGAACAGUCUGACAUGGAAAGUUUUCUGCAGAUGUUGGAUUCAGUGUUGAAGCAUCAAGGCACUGCACUGAAUGGUAACAGAGAUACAAACUUGCUGCAUCCACAGACACUGUCCUGCUCAGCUGUACUCACCCUGCUUCACUGCUGGGGAACACUGGUCUCUGAUACCAAACUACUCUGUUGCCUUCAAGAUCUUUUUAAGAUGUACAGUAUUAAAGUACGGCAUGGAACAUGGCAGGAGGAAGUGCAAGAAGCAGUCCAUAGCAAAGAUAGACAUACAGAGAAAUCUGUGCAGUCGUUGUUGAAAUGCAAAGCUCUUCUCCUGAGUGUUCUCACACACUGGGAGCCAUGGGCAAUCCUAUGCAAUGAAUCUGAACAAAAUCUUAAUCCAGCAACUGCAUCGGCACCCAACAGCUCCUGCGUCCAUUCUGAUAAUGUCCCCAGUCUCAUGACUGCAACUGCGCACACACUUCUCAGCUGGACCAUCAGGACUUUAUCUGAGAUGCCUUUUGAUGAAUCUCUCACUUUUGCAUUCUUGAAAUGGUUGGAAAAAGUUCUAGUGCCCCAUGAAAUCAUUGCAAAGUCUUUGAUGAAUGAUGAGUCUAUGAGAGUUGGCCUCUUAAGACUGUACCAGCAGACAUGCGAGUUCAAAGUCGAGGAAAAAGGGACUUUAAAACUGGACACACUUCAUCUUUUCACCACAAUUAUGGUGCAGUUGUUAGAGGUUGGAAAAAAACUUCACACAAAUGUGGUACAAGCAUGCCUGCAUUCAACUACUGAUCUAGUCAAAAGAGAAGCAGGUCUGAAGCUAUUGUCCUUGUACAUUCCUGAGAUGUGGUGUGGAGCCAAGGUGCCUCAGCUACUCCUGACUCACGCCCAGCUGGUAACCAGAGGACGAAAGAACUCCCAACGAAAGUCGAAUACACCCAUCAUGCAAAUUUGUGAAGACAUUCUGACUACUGUUAAAUAGUUUUAAGACCUUGCCACUAAAAAUGUUUUUUUUUAUUUUUUAUUUUAAUAUUCACAUAAUUGUAUAUUCACAGAAAUGUAUGCUUCCUCUGUGUAUUUUCUUGAAAAUUUCUAUUAAAAAAAAAUCAAUGUAAACAUGCAUUGGGUAGCUUAGCAACACAGUUUUCUUUUGGAAAAUAUAUACAUAUUGCGUAUGUCUACUAAAUUCUUUAUGAAGACAAUUUCCAUUUGCUUGUUAGUGUGUUUUAUGGACCAUAAAUGCAGAGUUGUAAUCAGUGCCAUUUUAUGUACUAUAUAGUGACCAAUAGUCUCUAGGGAAUAUAAUUACGAGUAACAAUAUUAUUAAUAAAGCCACUUUAUUUGGGUAGGAAGAUGCAUAAGGACAGAUAACAGCAAGGUUACACAUCAUUUCAGGAGUCACAUCAAAUAAUAAAUCACGUCUAUUAAAUACUUUAGCGUUUACAUGUAACAUGUAGGGCACAUAAUUUAGUCACAAUGUGCAAAAUAUCUGUGAAUAAAAAAACUACAAGUAA